CCCCUCCGCCUCCCGCCGGCGGCGCGCGCGGCCCGGCCCGGCCCGGCGCCGUCCCCUCACGUCGGGCCGCGCCGCGAAGACGCGGGAAGGAGGAGGAGGAGGAGGCGGCUGCCCGAUUUGUUUGUAAAUGCAUCAUAAACAGACAGCCCAGAAUGAAGAAAGCAAGCAGGAGUGUUGGCUCAGUGCCCAAAGUGCCUGGAGUAAAUAAGACUCAAACAACUGAAAAAACCAAACCGGAGAGCGGCUCCUCACUGUCUGCAGUAACAAAACUCUCCAAACCCGGGACAUCAGCAUCCCUUUUGAAGACUAAGAGCAACGAUGACCUCUUAGCAGGGAUGGCCAGUGGCGGUGGAGUGACAAUGACCAACGGUGUCAAGGCAAAGAAGAGCACGUGUGCACCAACAGUGUCUUCAGCUACAGGGACAACCAUGAACACUCUGGAAAAUAAACCUAAAACUGUUGCAGGUUCCACAGCUAAGCGUAGCACUUCAUCUGGAACUAAAGAGUCGAGCUCUUCUAGGGAGAGAAUACGCGAUCGGUCCCGCUUAAGCCAGAGUAAGAAACUGCCUCUGGCUGGACAGGGCAGCAAUGAUGCGGUCCUGGCAAAACGUUCCCGCAGUCGCACCAAUCCGGAAUCGGAUAUUCGGAUGAGCAAGUCCAAAUCAGACAAUCAGAUCAGUGACAAAGCUGCAUUGGAAGCAAAGGUGAAUGAUCUUCUGACGCUAGCAAAAACUAAAGAUGUGGAAAUCUUGCAUCUGAGAAAUGAACUAAGGGACAUGCGUGCUCAGCUGGGACUUAAUGAAGACCAAGUUGAAGGUGAUGAAAAAUCUGAAGAAAAAGAGGCCAUUGUUGUCCAUCAGCCAACUGAUGUAGAGUCUACGUUGCUACAGUUACAGGAACAAAACACUGCCAUCCGAGAAGAGCUCAACCAGCUGAAGAAUGAGAACCGAAUGUUAAAAGACAGACUAAAUGCAUUAGGCUUCUCUUUGGAACAAAGGCUGGACAACUCUGAGAAACUCUUUGGCUACCAGUCUUUGAGUCCGGAGAUUACAGCUGGCAACCACAGUGAUGGUGGUGGUACUCUGACAUCUUCUGUGGAAGGUUCUGCUCCUGGGUCAAUGGAAGACUUGCUAAGUCAGGAUGAACACACUCUGAUGGACAACCAGCAUAGUAACUCCAUGGAUAAUUUAGAUAGCGAGUGCAGUGAAGUGUAUCAGCCACUGACAUCGAGUGAUGAUGCUUUAGAUGCUCCGUCAUCUUCGGAGUCUGAAGGCGUACCAAGUAUAGAAAGAUCUAGAAAAGGAAGCAGUGGCAACGCGAGCGAAGUGUCCGUAGCUUGUCUGACAGAGCGGAUACAUCAGAUGGAAGAGAACCAGCACAGCACAGCAGAAGAGCUCCAAGCCACGCUUCAAGAGCUUGCAGAUCUGCAGCAAAUAACGCAAGAGCUAAACAGUGAGAAUGAAAGACUGGGAGAGGAAAAAGUCAUCCUGAUGGAAUCUCUGUGCCAGCAAAGUGAUAAGUUGGAACAUUUUAGCCGUCAGAUAGAGUAUUUUCGGUCUCUUUUAGAUGAACACCAUAUUUCCUAUGUAAUUGAUGAAGAUAUGAAAAGUGGUCGCUACAUGGAGUUGGAGCAGCGCUACAUGGACCUUGCAGAGAACGCCCGGUUUGAGCGGGAGCAGCUGUUAGGUGUUCAGCAGCACUUGAGCAACACUUUGAAGAUGGCAGAACAAGACAAUAAGGAGGCCCAAGAAAUGAUAGGGGCAUUGAAGGAACGCAAUCACCACAUGGAACGGAUCAUUGAGUCAGAACAGAAAAGCAAAACAGCAAUAGCAUCAACCUUAGAGGAGUACAAAGCCACGGUAGCCAGCGACCAGAUAGAGAUGAACAGGCUGAAGGCUCAGUUAGAGCACGAGAAGCAGAAGGUGGCUGAGUUGUAUUCAAUACACAACUCUGGAGACAAAUCAGAUAUACAGGAUUUGCUAGAGAGUGUCAGGCUGGAUAAAGAAAAAGCAGAGACACUGGCCAGCGGUCUGCAAGAGGAGCUGGCGCACACUCGCAAUGAUGCCAAUCGAUUGCAAGAUGCCAUUGCUAAGGUUGAAGAUGAAUACAGAGUAUUCCAAGAAGAAGCCAAGAAACAAAUAGAGGAUCUUAAUGUGACUCUAGAAAAACUUCGGGCAGAGCUCGAUGAGAAAGAAACUGAGAGAAGUGACAUGAAGGAAACCAUCUUCGAGUUGGAGGAUGAAGUAGAGCAGCAUCGGGCUGUGAAGCUUCAUGACAAUCUCAUCAUAUCUGAUUUGGAGAAUACUGUUAAAAAACUUCAGGACCAAAAGCAUGACAUGGAAAGAGAGAUCAAGAAUCUUCACAGGAGACUCCGGGAGGAGUCAGCAGAAUGGCGUCAGUUCCAAGCUGAUCUCCAGACUGCGGUGGUUAUAGCAAAUGAUAUAAAGUCUGAGGCCCAGGAAGAGAUAGGAGACCUAAAGCGAAGAUUACACGAAGCUCAGGAGAAAAAUGAGAAGCUCACUAAAGAGUUGGAGGAAAUCAAGUCACGCAAGCAGGAAGAAGAACGCGGGCGAGUGUACAAUUACAUGAAUGCUGUAGAGAGAGAUUUGGCAGCUCUGAGACAGGGAAUGGGCCUGAGCCGCAGAUCGUCCACCUCCUCAGAGCCAACUCCGACUGUCAAAACACUCAUCAAGUCCUUUGACAGUGCCUCCCAAGUUCCAAGUCCUGCUGCUGCCACAAUUCCUCGCACUCCUCUGAGCCCGAGUCCCAUGAAGACGCCCCCAGCUGCUGCUGUAUCCCCCAUGCAGAGGCAUUCUAUAAGCGGACCAAUCUCUGCUUCUAAACCCCUUGCUACACUGACAGACAAAAGACCAAGCUAUGCUGAAAUCCCUGUUCAAGAACAUCUGUUGAGAACGUCUUCUACCAGCAGACCAGCAUCUUUGCCAAGAGUUCCUGCAAUGGAAAGUGCCAAAUCUAUUUCGGUGUCUCGAAGAAGUAGUGAAGAAAUCAAACGGGAUAUCAGUGCACCCGAUGGAGGGUCUCCAGCAUCUCUCAUGGCAAUGGGUACCACCUCACCACAGCUGUCCCUCUCAUCCUCCCCUACAGCAUCAGUCACCCCUACAACCAGAAGUCGAAUAAGGGAAGAAAGGAAAGAUCCUUUGUCUGCCCUUGCAAGAGAAUAUGGAGGAUCGAAGAGAAAUGCCUUGCUGAAAUGGUGCCAGAAAAAAACAGAAGGAUAUCAGAAUAUUGACAUAACAAACUUCAGCAGCAGCUGGAAUGAUGGCUUGGCUUUCUGUGCAGUCCUCCAUACUUACCUCCCAGCCCAUAUUCCUUAUCAAGAGCUAAACAGCCAGGACAAGAGGAGAAACUUCACUUUGGCUUUUCAGGCAGCUGAAAGCGUUGGCAUCAAAUCCACUCUGGACAUCAAUGAAAUGGUGCGAACUGAACGUCCGGACUGGCAGAAUGUCAUGCUGUAUGUUACAGCAAUUUACAAAUACUUUGAAACCUGAAACCCUAAUAAUUCAACAGAUUCAUGAAGUAGAACCGACAUUAGCUACCAGAUGGAAAUCUUGCUGAAAUGCUAAUCCCCAUUUCACUAAAAACUGGCAUCAGUUGAGUCCCUUCAAACUUCGGUGACGCUAUCCUGGAUUGCUUCAGACUGCUUCAGCUACUAAGCCUGGAAACAACUUUUAAAAAGCAAAAACUUGUUGCUGCUGCUUGGAAUAACCCAAGUAAUUAAGCUAUUCAGAUUAAUUAUGUAGCCUAAAGAGCCUGGACUGCUUAUCUACCGCCUUGCCAGCCAGACUUCCUGAAGCUUUCUUACCUAAGAGAGUGAGAUGAAUGGAUCCUCUAGCAUAUGGGAGACUGAGUGUACAGCUAAUGCUUUGAGAAGGAAAGGAUAACAUGGCAUCAUAUUACUGAACUUUCUGUAGUGUCCUGAUACCACAGUCUAAAUAUUCCACCUACAGCCUAUGGCACCCCGAUACAGUAGAGUUCCUGAUGGUAAUUUAGUUACUGCCUUUAUAGCUAUUUUCACUCCUUUAAAAUGUGCACAAUAUUCUAGGAAAACAAGCUUUUAUUUCAUCACAACAGCUUGAGUGGAAAAGUGGUCUUGAUACCUCGGAAAAUUUGGCACAGAAGAACUCUUUCUUCUAAAGUUUCGUUAUAAGCCUACCUCUGUCACAGUGUUGUGGCUUCCAACUUUAUCUUAUGGAUUCUAAAGACUACCAUAUACAGCUCCUGGUUUUCAGGUUAUGCUGUAUUGAAAGGAAUCUGUCAGUAGCUCUCUGUGCUUCCAUUAUAGCAAAAAUGAAUCAAUAAUCAACCCUUGUAUGGCUUGUUCUUUCCCCUUUUCUUCUUAUGCCUGUAUAGCAUGCACAGCUACCCCAGGCUUUACUUCACAGCAAUACGAGGAAACGUCGUGGAUGUCUGUGGUAGCAUUUUGGAACUGGGACAGCAUUUCCUCUGCAGAGAAGAUACUUUCAGUAAGAUGUAAUAAUGAAGAUAUUUGUCUAAAAAUCUACCUUUGCAAUUUCCUGUGUGUCUUUCAUUGAUGUUGCACAUCCUCAUCUGAGUGAUAGAAGGUGAGAUGUUCUCUGACAAGAGUGGAGGAACUAAUGUAAUGUGUGUAUACCCAGCAGUCUCAAAUAUUGCAUGGAAAAGACUUGCUCUCACAAGGAAUUAACCGAGAAACUUUGGUUUGCUCAGCUUUUGUUUUCCUAAAAUGCACCUGAAUUCAUGUAACAGCUCUUGGGCAAAAGAGUUCAAGUAAGUGCCUUAGCUAUCAUUGAUUGAUACAUCCUGGCACUUCAGGGCUUUGUGCAGAAUGUUAAUGGCUCAGAAUGAUUUAAUCCAUCCGUUUGUUAUAAGCUGUUAAAAUGUUUGUUGUAAUCUGGUUCGUCAAAUCAAGGGAAUGCUUCACUCUGCCAUUGCUUCUGCCUCUUAUUUUCCGGAAUAUUUUCCAGCAGUUAAGCCACAGUUGAACAUCUCUCAUUAAUAUUAAGCAGAAGCCUACUUUAGAAGCGAGUUCUGUAACAACUGCUAUUUAUAAGCACAUGCUCUUUCAACACAGUAACCCUGUUAUAAAGAAUCUUCUAUUCCUAUGGUGCUCUUACGACUGUUAAGGACUGUUUGAAUGUCAUUGAUGUUAACUCAGUGAAUGCAGCUCCACUUGGCAUCUGUGAAACUUCAUCAUGGUACAGAAGCACAGAUUUAACUCAGACUUAUUGCCAAACCUAAAAAGCUCUCAUCUGAAGAACAUAGCCCAUGUGAAGAGUAAUAAUUCAGUAUGUCUCCAGCAGCUAGCAUUAUAGAAAAUUACUUCUUAAAAUGCUUACACUGACACGUCUGUAAUAGAAUACAUUAUAAAUGUGCCUGUAAGAAUAUAUGAAAUGUUGCAAAACAACUUCUUAGAGGGGCUCUGGAGAAGUUUUCAGAGCAACAGUGUCUCAUGCAUCCUUAUAAUUCUUUAGCCUGCAUAUCCCUAAAAGUAGCUGGAUACCCUCAGUUUAUCAGUUGGUGCAUUUGAAAAGCCAGCAUACUCUAAAGGCAGUUGUUGCAAGAGAGGCUUCAAAUGGGAAAAAAAAAAAAAAUCAUUAACAGAUUUUAAUAAAAUUCUGAAAUAUAGUUUCCUUUCCUGUAUAUUCCUUCCAGUAUUUUUAUUUACUUUGCUUCUUCAAAUAAGUCUCAACAGGAGCAGUCCUAUUGGAAAUACGUGCUACUGCUGGCUUAUGUUCCAUCUCUUACUAGAUUCCAACUUAUGCACGUUUGUGCUUAUAAAUCUGUAUUCUUCCUUUGAAUAGACAUCCUUAUCUGCGAUUGUCUUAUUUGUUGCUUUGUAUAUAAAGAAAGUAUUUUUCCAAUGACAAGGACAGCGUUUCUUGGUCUAAAUUCACUCAUGAGCUGUUGUGUUUUUUACAUUGAUUUGUUCUGUGUGAUGGCCCACCUCCUUUACCAGGAACACUGUGCCAGCCCUUAACUAAAUAACGCAUGGUAGUAAGAGGAGGAAACCACAUUUUUCUCAUACCUUCUUUUGAAAAGUUGUGCUGCUGGUCUUCAGAGAGAGAAGUUAUGAGCCACUACAGAAAGGACCUUAUUUUGAACUUCAGUGCUCUGUAAGCUUCAUGGUGUGGUCUGGCUGAUAAAAGCCUAUCUAGAAAGGAAUAUUGGGCUCCAUAAAGAGAUUUUUUUAUAAUCGUACAUCUGAGCCUUUACAAAUAAGAUGCCGUACAGCUGUCCAAGUGAAAGCAAUGAAGGAAAGCAAUGAAGCAAUGACAGAUAAAAAACAAACAUAAUGCCCUGCUGCACUCUGCCACAUGUUUUCUGCAAAGGUUCAAACAGCAUUUAAUUUUUCAAGUGAAAGAAUAGCUGUAGCCCUUCUGGACGCGGAUGAUACUGUCCUACUUGGUUCCUGCUCGCACUUAAUCCUGAAACUGCCUGUUAUUUCUUACAUAUGAAGCGAGGUUUCUGCUGAUUUAAUUUCCUCUUUUUUUAACCAGCCCGGAAAAUAUUAUUGAAUGUGUUUAAAAAAGAAAAAAAGAGACAAA